AUGAAAGAUUCGAAGAGCGUACGCCCUUUCAAACGACAGACGCCACUCUUACACAAAGCUACGAACAACAAGUCUGCCUCACAAAACCGAUCGCCACCGAGAGAAAAGACUGGUACUGAACCCUCUGGCGUUGACGAUAGUCUUGCUGUUUGUCUGUUUGGUCUGUCGAGAGCCAUGUACGACUCGGAAUACGAAGAGGAGGUGAGGAAACAGGCCGUAAUGAGUGAAGUCUUGCCAGAUGCGAAGAUGUGGGAAAAAUGGGAAAAGACUGAAGCACCGCUCCGACAAGGUCGAGGAUGGUACCCUGCUCUGGACCGUCACUUUCUAGAACUCCUCGUCAUGUCUGAGAUCCACUGCCUGUCUCACCCUCUUCAUCCGAUUCAACAGGGUGCAGGUCAAGUCGAACGCAUUCAUCGGCAUGCGUGUAGAGUCCGACGCGUAGCUUGCGAACGGAUCGGCGCGGAGAGGUUGAAUGCGUACUGCGAGAGGGUCAAAGAAGCCUUUGAAGCGUAUGUGCAUUGUGGUUGGGGACAGAGACAGAUGGGAGAUGCGGGUGGGAUAGUCACGACGGAUGACGAGGCGGAACUACAGGACGAUGAUAUGGAUACGGAAACGGACACGGACACGGACACGGACACGGAUACGAGUCCGAGCAACGGCAAUAAUGGCUUGGAAGGCCCUCAGAGUGAACUCGGUUCCAUCGAUUCGACAUCACAGAUCCGAUCAGCUGGUGGGAGCAUCAAACUCGUCGUGGAAGAAGGAGAGAGCCGAGGGCGAUCCAAAGAAAGAGGUGACGGAAGCGUGCGGAGGGAUCCAGGUCCAGGACCAGAAGUCUCACCUCCACCUUUUUCACCAAGCUCGAUCUUGGCCAAAAAGGCGCUAGGAGAGAUCAACGAAGUGUCGGGUGAUGAUCUCCUGGACGGAUCUGUUGACGAGAUUGACGCCGGGGAAUUGAUGAAGGUUGAUCUGGAUGAUGUAGAGGAAAAUGAUGAACAGGUCGAAGGGUGGUGA